GCGGUGACGGGCGGAGCCCCGCGGCGGCGGCGGCUGCGUGAGGUGGGGGCGGGAGCGCGGCCCUGAGGGGAGCGGCGGCGGCGCCUCGAGCUCCGGCACCUCCCCGAGCCUCUUCCCGGGAGGGGGAAAAAAAGGGGGAAAAAAAAAAAAAAAAAAUAACAAUAAUAUAGCCGGGGAAGCAGAGAGCUCGCUGGGGGGGGGAGGCUGCCGGCGGCGGCACCAGCGGCACCAUGUCGGCGGGCGGCGACUUCGGGAACCCGCUGCGGAAAUUCAAGCUGGUCUUCCUGGGCGAGCAGAGCGUGGGGAAGACUUCCUUGAUCACCAGGUUCAUGUAUGACAGCUUUGACAACACCUACCAGGCAACAAUUGGCAUUGACUUCUUAUCGAAAACCAUGUAUUUGGAGGAUCGAACAAUCAGGUUGCAGCUGUGGGAUACUGCGGGUCAGGAACGUUUCCGUAGCCUCAUUCCCAGUUACAUCCGUGACUCUGCUGCUGCUGUAGUAGUUUACGAUAUCACAAAUGUAAACUCGUUCCAGCAAACAACAAAAUGGAUCGAUGAUGUCAGAACGGAAAGGGGCAGCGAUGUCAUCAUCAUGCUGGUGGGAAAUAAAACAGAUCUAGCAGAUAAGAGACAAGUGUCCAUUGAGGAAGGAGAAAGAAAAGCCAAAGAGCUGAAUGUAAUGUUCAUCGAAACUAGUGCAAAAGCAGGAUACAACGUAAAACAGCUUUUCCGACGCGUGGCAGCUGCCUUGCCUGGAAUGGAAAGCACACAAGACAAAAGUAGAGAAGACAUGAUUGACAUAAAACUGGAAAAGCCUCAAGAGCAGCCUGUCAGUGAAGGAGGCUGCUCCUGCUAAUACCACGUGGCUUCUACCUUUCUCCAGAACAUCACUGCUUCCCCUCCCUUUACUCUUCAUUGACUGCAGUGUGAAUAUUGGCUUGAACCUUCCCCUUUCAGUAAUAACGUAUUGCAGUUCAUCAUCGCUGGCUGUCUCGUGGAGAUGAUCUAUUAGCUUCACAAGCACACACACAAAGAAAAUGUCAGUGUCUUCAUUAUUUAUAAGAAAAAAAAAAAAAGCCAAAAUAUUCCAGCGUAUUCUAGUUAUAACUUUAAAAAAAAAAAAAAAAAAAGAAUAGGUACAAUUUCUUAAUAUUUGUUCCUUUUUUAAUAUGUUAUGAUAUUGCACUUUGAAAUGAUGGAAACCGAGUAAGUUUUGAAUUGGACUUAGACGAGAAGUACGUGCAGAAGAAAUGCUUGCAAAUCUCACCCACUUGAUCUCUCUAACCACCUGGAGAUGGCUAGACAGCAGUCAGGAAUGCAAGCGGAGGUGGCGUAUGCCGAGGGUGAAAUGCUGUCCUUAAACAAUAAUAAAAGACAACGACAACUAAAACCAAGCUCUUAAUCUUUCGAGCAGAGAUAGUCCGAAUGGUUUUCAAACCCCAGAGCUUUUUUUGGGGGUUCGAUACCAGGACAGGCUACCGGGAUUUUUUUUAGUUCUGGCCGAGGCAACGUGAGCACAUUUCCAAGGCGGCAUCCCGAGAAACGCAGAGGGGCUCCGGAUGGGGUAACUGGCUUCCGAAGGGUUUUUGGGGGGGGGGGAAAGGUGGAAGCGCGUUAGCGAAACACUUGCAGGAAACAAAGAAAACAAGCUUGGAGUGCAAGAUUGAGUUUUUAAGAGCAUUUUUUCCUUUUACGUAGAACAACAAUAAAGCAAAUGAUUGCUGCCCGAGAGAUGGGAACGUAACGUGUCAGCCGCUUCGGGGGAGAAGGCGUUCUGCUUCUUUUUUUUUUAAGCAAGGGGAAAACCUUAACAGGAUUGGGGGCUGGCACCGAGACCUGCCUGGGGACCUUUACGUUUGGCAGAGGGACGGCGGGGCGGCACCAGGCCAGUCGAGGACGGGGAGAGAGGGGCGGCGGAAGGGGGCUCGCGCCCGCGCCUCCACGGCGGGGGGCGGCUGGGGAGGGGGCGGCUGCUUUGGCCAUACAGAAAUGUAGCUGGAAGACCGUAGAGGGAAAGGAAGGGAGUUCGUAGGAUGGAAACCAACUUACGAUUAUGCAGAUUAAUGCCUUUAUUUUUUAGCGUUUUUUUUUUUGUUUUUUUUUUUUAAGUUCCGUCUUCCAAGUCGGGUUUAGUUUUUUCACUAGAGCUGUAUAGUUUGGGUGAAUAACUAGUCAUUUAGUUUUCUAUUUAACUAGGCUUACAAUUAACCGUUUUUCUUUGAUAUUUAUUUCCUCGCUUAAUUUUUUUUUUUUUUUUACUAUUUCCAGUAAUUUUUUUUUUUUCGUUUUUGCUGAGGAAUCCGUUUAGAGCUUUGCUGAUGUUGCGAGAUGUAGCUACCCGAGAAACACAGAACCGAACACACUAGAAGUGCACCCUUUUAAUCUUUACUAGUCAUUGUGAAGUUGCUGUGUAAGUUAAUAAACACAAUUGUAAAUACAUUGUUUGCUGGGCGAAUACGGCUGAGUUACAGUGCAGGAAGGAAUUCGCGAGUCUGGGUUGCGAUUGCUGCUUAAGGAACAAUUGCAAGCAAAUACUCAGGCUCCUCCUUCGUUCCCUUCUGCCCCUCUACCACCUAAAAUUACCAACCGGGGAAGAGAAGGGAAUCGUCCUCACCACCACUUUCACCAGGAAACGGGCAUGAAAAGCUUUGGAAUUCUUCAUUCCUGAGAUGAAUGCUAGAGUCGUGCCCUGCCCUGGGUUUAGAGCAGCUCUGCACACCAAUAACUUAAAGGCAGAAGGAGAUGUAAAAGUGCUUUUAUAAUGCAAUAUUAAAGGCGAGUUUUUUUGACGUGGCAUGUCUUGAAAUAAACAUCAAUGAUAUGUGACAAAGGAUCAUUCUUUAUUUAAAAGAAACUCUUGAGGGGAAGGAAACCUGGCUACUUUUCCUGUAUUGUACUGUUCUUAACUGUGCAAAAGCGAUCCAUCUCGCUGCUUUUUUUACCCCCCUUUGGUUCUUCAUGCGGUUCGUGUUGGUCAUUUCAUUGCUUUCCACAACCACGUACGUUUUUUUUGCUUCUGACCUAACCCAAACCCUACGUUUCCUCGUAGUCCUGAGCUUUAAGCACUGGAUUUGCAAGGAGCUGGCUCACCACGCUGGGUUAGGUGGGCGGGCAGCCCCGCUGCUGCUCGAGGGUGCCGCUUUUGGAGAGCAGGCUCGGAAGGCGGCCCCGUUACGACCCUCUCGAGAAAAGGUCUCGCAGGGGAUGCGCCCGACGACACGGUGGCCGCAGGUACGAGGAUGAGUUCUUGGUCCCUGCGGUCUGCUCAGGACCACCGGGUGCGUUUCACCCUUGCUGGUCCUGCAGCCAGUGCUUAACGCGACGGCAGGGCUCCGUCCUGCCCUUUUACUUUCCCACCUUUCCAGGGAAAAGACCUCUCCCAGGCGAGCACAGGAGCAACAGUCUCUAUAAUUUUUUGCACCCUGAUGCCUCGUGCCAUCUGUCUCUCGGUUUUUGGGUUCUGAUUUUAUUUUGCUCCAUCAGCAUGGCCAGUAGGACCAUGGGACCAGACUUCUUUUGUGACGACUUUGAAAACAGCGAAGGUUUCUGCUCUGUUUCUUUUCUCCUCCCCACUCUGGCUUGAUUGUUGUACAGUCCAUUACGCAGCUACCCAUUACUCACUUUUUGUCUUGAAUACAAGUAGUUGAAGAAAUUGUAUAAGGGGAAAAAGGUUCCUUUUCUUCAUGUUGGAAUGUCACUGGUACCUCAGCUCUGUUUGAUAAUAUGAAACAACGAAAAAAUCCUUAGCGCUUGAACUAAAUAAAUACCUGUCUCAUUGGAAA